UAAAGUACUCACGAAACAGUUGGCUACAGUGAGUUUGGAGUUCAUUUUCUUUUCUUCGCUGGACGUGGACGCUGGCAUAGUGGAAUUCAAGCGUGUUUUAGUUUGGAAGGCGAUAUUGCUGAAGGUGUGAGGAGAAAAUGGUCAAGUCGGAACCGGAGGGGGACAGGCCAGAACCAGAACAUGUCAGGAAGCUGUUCAUUGGUGGUCUGGACUACCGAACAACAGAUGAGUCCCUGAAGAAGCAUUUUGAACAAUGGGGUGAAAUUGUUGACGUUGUAGUCAUGAAGGAUCCUGGUACAAAGAGGUCCCGUGGCUUUGGUUUCAUCACAUAUUCAAGGGCACACAUGGUGGAUGAUGCACAAGCUGCACGGCCUCAUAAAGUGGACGGACGUGUGGUGGAACCAAAACGUGCAGUUCCUCGCACAGAAAUUGGCAGGCCAGAAGCUGGUGCCACAGUGAAAAAGUUAUUUGUUGGUGGCCUCAAAGAAGAGGUGGAAGAAGAUGACCUCCGUGAAUAUUUCCAACAGUUUGGCACUAUUGUGUCAUGUGCAAUUGUUCUCGAUAAAGAAACAAGGAAAAAGAGGGGCUUCGGUUUUGUAGAGUUUGACGAUUAUGAUCCAGUUGACAAAAUAUGUCUUUCAAGAAAUCACCAGAUUAAUGGAAAACACAUAGAUGUGAAAAAAGCAUUGCCAAAGGGUGAUGUAGGAUUGAGCCGUGGAGGACCUGGUGGCCGUGGAAUGGACGGACCCCGAGGGGGAGGAGGAGGAAUGGGUGGUGGAAGUAGUUGGGGUGCCCGUGGUGGCAGAGGAGACUGGGGCAAUGGCCCUGGUUUUGGAGGAGGAUUUGAUGGUGGCAGAGGCAUGGAUGAUGGUUGGAGAGAUGGCCCAUGGGAUAACCAGGGUAGGGGUGGUUGGGACAGCCAAGGAGGUGGUGGGAACUAUGGAGGUGGAGGGGGCUGGGAUGAUGAUGACUUUGGUGGUGGAUACCAGAGAGGAGGUGGUGGUGGCGGCGGCGGUGGUGGUGGUGGUUAUGGCGGUGGACCAAUGAGGGGUAGUGGUGGCGGUGGAGGUGGUCGACCAGGCCCAUACUCAGCAGAUCGAUCUCGUGGGAAAGGUGGUUACGGUUCUGGUGGUUAUGGCGGAGGUGGCAGGAGAUACUGAACACUUGACAGAUCUCAGGUGUGCCAGGCUGUUUCUGCUGCUGCCAGUACCACCACCAACACUUUCACCUUCAUAGCACUGACAACUUGAUUGGAUUGUAAUGAUAUGUGAUGUGUGGAGUGAGACAAUAAGACAAUGCAAAACAUUCAAAAAGCAGUUUUAAGGUUGGCAGAUGUUUCAGUGUUAAUGUUAGCACUCGUGAAAGGAAGUGAUUAGGAAAGAAACUUUUCCUCUGUUUGCUCAUUUCCUUUUUUAAAUUUACUGUGUUUUGUGCUGUCUUGCCAUGGUGCAAUAUUCAUAGAAAUAAGAAAAUGACACUUUUAAAUAUUUGAAACUGUUGACUCAUGGACAUCUGGAGUGUCACAUAAAUUGAGUAUAUAUACUCAGAUAAUGAAUGAAUGAAAAUAUAUUGAUUUAAUUGACCCAAGUUCUUUCUGUAAUGUACCAAGCAAUUUAUCAAAAAAUUGUAUCCUUGUUGCAACACUUCCUGUAACAGCACAUUCUUAAGUUUUUUUAUCAAAAAUAAAGACUGUUGUACACUGGUUUA